GGGGUUUGGAAAACAAGGGUUUCAAUGCCAAGUUUGCUGUUUUGUGGUUCACAAGAGGUGCCAUGAAUUCGUUACAUUUUCUUGUCCUGGAGCUGACAAGGGACCUGACACUGAUGAUCCAAGAAGCAAGCAUAAGUUCAAAAUCCACACAUAUGGGAGCCCAACAUUUUGUGACCAUUGUGGUUCAUUACUUUAUGGACUUCUGCACCAAGGGAUGAAAUGUGACACCUGUGAUAUGAAUGUUCACAUACAAUGUGUAAUAAAUGUUCCAAGUCUUUGUGGAAUGGAUCACACGGAAAAAAGAGGGAGGAUUUAUUUGAAGGUUGAAGUGACUGGUGACAAGCUGGAAGUCACAGUGAGGGAUGCAAGAAAUCUAAUCCCUAUGGAUCCCAAUGGACUCUCAGACCCCUAUGUUAAACUGAAGCUUAUUCCAGAUCCUAAGAACGAAAGUAAACAGAAAACGAAAACUAUCCGCUCGACGCUCAAUCCACACUGGAACGAGUCCUUCGCAUUUAAAUUAAAGCCCACAGACAAAGACAGAAGGUUAUCAGUGGAAGUCUGGGACUGGGAUCGAACCACUAGGAAUGAUUUCAUGGGAUCUCUCUCUUUUGGGGUGUCAGAAUUGAAGAAGUCGCCAGCUUGUGGAUGGUAUAAAUUACUUAACCAGGAAGAAGGCGAGUAUUAUAAUGUGCCAAUACCAGAAGCUGAUGAUGAAGGAAAUUCAGAAAUGAGGCAGAAGUUUGAGAAAGCCAGGCUUGGCCCAUCAGCUAACAAAGUUAUAUCUCCAGUUGAAGACCGGUCUUAUAAUUUACCAUCCAAUAAUCUUGAUCAGGUUAAACUAACAGACUUCAACUUUAUAAUGGUGCUUGGAAAAGGGAGCUUUGGGAAGGUGAUGCUCGCAGAACGAAAGGGAACAGAAGAACUGUAUGCUGUCAAAAUAUUGAAAAAAGACGUGGUGAUUCAAGAUGAUGAUGUAGAAUGUACCAUGGUUGAAAAGCGAGUUCUAGCUUUGAUGGACAAACCUCCUUUCUGAUCGCCUGUACUUUGUCAUGGAGUAUGUGAAUGGUGGUGACCUGAUGUAUCAUAUUCAGCAAGUAGGAAAAUUCAAGGAGCCCCAAGCAGUAUUCUAUGCAGCAGAAAUCUCAGUGGGCCUUUUUUUUCUCCAUAAGAAAGGAAUUGUUUAUCGAGAUCUGAAAUUAGAUAAUGUAAUGUUAGACUCUGAAGGACAUAUUAAGAUUGCAGACUUUGGCAUGUGCAAGGAGAAUAUGAGUGAUGGAGUGUCAACAAGGACCUUCUGUGGGACUCCAGAUUAUAUUGCACCAGAGAUUAUUGCCUAUCAACCAUAUGGAAAGUCAGUGGACUGGUGGGCCUAUGGAGUACUUUUAUAUGAGAUGUUGGCUGGUCAGCCUCCAUUUGAUGGCGAGGAUGAAGAUGAACUCUUCCAGUCAAUAAUGGAACAUAAUGUUUCCUAUCCCAAAGCAAUGUCCAAAGAAGCUGUGUCCAUCUGCAAAGGGUUAAUGACUAAACACCCUGCCAAACGUCUGGGCUGUGGGCCUGAAGGAGAGAGAGACAUUAGGGAACAUGCCUUCUUUAGGAGAAUUGACUGGGAAAGACUGGAGAACAGAGACAUCCAGCCUCCAUUCAAACCGAAAGUGUGUGGCAAAGGUGCCGAAAACUUCGACAAAUUCUUUACCAGAGGACAACCAGUAUUAACGCCACCUGAUCAGCUGGUCAUUUCUAACAUAGAUCAAGCAGAUUUUGAAGGGUUCUCCUAUGUCAACCCGCAGUUUGUACAUCCCAUGUUGCUGUGUGAAGUAUGAAAAUAAUAGACUCAGGAAAGCCCUCCUCCCCAUUGGGAAAUUGCCCUUAUCCCUGGAGUUUUUAGACCUUUGCCUUGUUGAUUCCAUUCAGGUCUGGGAAUUGUAGGGGUAACAAGGAAGGGAAGAUGCCAAGGAACGUGUGGACAUAGAAAAUUACCCAGUGUAUUUAUCUAGGAAAUCACUGAUGCUUAUAGAUUACUGCUAGCCUUUGUCAUUUUUAUAACUUUGACUAUUUUUCUCUAUCUCCUGUACCUCUGAAACUUCUUAAACAGUUAAUAAUGAAUCUGAGACUAUCAUGUGGGGUUAAGGAAAGAAGAGAUGAAAAUGUUGAGUUGACUGAAGAAUAAGGGGCCUUGCGGGGAAAUGUAAUAAAGGGAAAUCCAGAAAAUUUUAUUCAAUAUUACAGUUGGCCAGAUCUAUGAUAAAAACAAAGAUAUGAACAAAUAAGGCUCAUAAAAGUUUUUUAAAUUACUUGAUCAAGGUAAAGGUUUCGUGUAGGUUUUCAAUAUAAAGUUUUCAGUAUAAAAUAAAAAUUAUGUGCAUAGGAUGAAUACUAACUAGACCCUGUGAUGAACUAGCUCCAAGGUAAAACUGCAUAAUACUGAUAUAUGUAUUAUUUUCAAUCUCCAUGAGAUUAUAUUAUGAUCCAGGGUGCCAAUUUGCUAUUUAAUUUACAUCACUAUUCAAGUUUAUUGUAAAGCCAGUUUUAAUAUUUUAUCCUAAAUAUUUCUUAACUGGGCUCUGAAUCUACACAUCCCUAACGCUUCGAUUUAUACUUAUUUAUUUAGUUAAUUGCAUGAAUGGAAUAUAAAAAGUGUACAGUAAAUUAAUAGAGAUGUAGAAUUCAGAGUCAAGCCUGAAAUCGUUAAGGAAUGUUUCUAAAAAUAAUUUCAGCUUUUAACAGAUUGGUUUAGAAUACUUGGAACCACAGAGUGAAAACGCAACACAAGGUUUCUUCAACUGCUGUUGGAAGCUGUUGAAUACAUUUUUGAAUAUGCAUCAUGCAAUGAAUUUUGCAUGUUUAAUGAACAACAUUAAGUGAAUCUAUAUUAUGAGUAAUUGUAUCACCUGUGAUACAUAUAAUACAUAUUAUAAUAAGACACAGCUGUGCUAGAUGAGGGAAGGUUCUUUGGGACGAACUUUUUAGCAACAGCUUAAUGUUUUACAAUUUUGUUCUGUUUAGGAUUUUUAAAAUUCUGCACCUUGUUGUUGAUAGUUUAGGGAAAUAUGUGCUCUUCUCUGCUUAUUUUUAUGUAGUUCUGCUGCUAAAUUAUCUUAAAGUGCAAGGAGAUUUUGAGUACAGUGAACACAAUGCACACACAUGUGCAAAGUUUACCCAUUCCCAGCUAGUAUGUGGAGCUGCUGGUGCAGGUUGGGCCAGUUCCCCUCAUUUCUUGCUGAAAAACUAAAUCAAUUGUUUGAUCUCAAGAUGUUUAAAAAACAGUUAUGAGGAUUAUUCAAGAACUUGAGCAGGAAAUUUGGAGAACAAUCAGAUACCUGUGCUUUUUUUUUUUUUUUUUUUUUUUUUUAGUAUGAGGCUUUCUUUCAAGAGGAUGCUGGGCACUUACUGCAUAUCUAUUACUUUGAAGCAGGAAAACAAUAUAUUAGAGCUAUAAUCAGAUAUUUCAUAGAAUUUUACUCCCUUGCUUUUAAAUUAGUUCAUUUCCUCCCCUCCCCCCAGUAUUUCACUUAAAUUUAACCCAUUUUAAAGGUCAUUAAAUAGUGGACCUGAAAUUCUUGCAUGUAAAUGUGAUAGGCUUUUCCUAGUUACGUUUUUUUUCUCUUCAUUUCUGUACAUUUAGCUGCCAAAAUAUGUGCAUGUAAGUCCUUGGAUGGCCCAUCUGCUUAUCAGUUUUGCCACACAAAAAUGCAUUCCCAAAACGAAAAAUAUUCCACAAAAUUCAUUAGAAAAUGUUUCCAAUUAUAUUUGAAGAUAUAUUUUUUUUCAUACCUGCUUAGAAUGUGUGAAAAUCCUCUUCGGAAAACUCUUUCUUUCCUGUGCAUAUUCAUUUUCUCCAAGGAUCUAGGCAAGGGUCAUUUUAUUUUUAUUUUUGCCUUUCUUUUGCGAAUCUUUAGGAUAUAAAAAACAUGCACAAGAAGCGACAAGUGAACAGAACACACACAGAAGAAAAGUUUUCAAUGUUUUCAGAAUUUAUUAGAAAGGCUAUUUUUUUUUUAAUACAGGCUGUCAGAAGGCGUGCAAUCAUGACAAAAUAAGCCAGGUCCUCAUACAUGAUAGCAUGUAUUUUCCUCUAUAUCUGUGUGCCAAAAAGUAUCUGUAGGAGUGACCCUAAACCUAAACCCCAAAUAAACCCCAUAUAAGCUGUGAAACAAGUGUGCUACCUGGGAAAAUUGAGGAUACUAGUUUUAGAUGCCAUGUUGUAAACCGCCUAGGUAUGAUCACUCUGUGAGAUAGGCAGCCAUAUACAAAUUCAAUAAAUAAUUAAUAAAUCAAUAACAAGAGCACUGCCAUCUCUCCAAACAUGUAAUGAGAUUUUUGCAUGGGAUAGUUAAUAGUUUUGGUAAGCUUUGUGCUGCGCCUUGUAAAAAAUAUCCCUGUUAUUAUUACACUUCUUAGUCCAAUUUCUAUAUUUAGUGUUUCAAAUGGACACAAAGAGAUAAAUAGGCCUGCAAAAAUGCACCACAUCUCUUGAUCAGCUGAGAAUCUACUAAAGUAGCCAUGCCCUUGGUGAAAACCACAGCACCAACAAAUAUCUUAAAGCAGGAGAUACGCAUGUUGUUAAGUAGAUGUAAAAUUGGAAGUUGCAGCAGCGUGUGAGAGCUCUGCAGAAUUAGUUUUCUUUAAUAGUAUAAAUACAUUUAAAUAUAACAAAUAUUUAUACUUAUAAUAACCAAUAUAAAGAAAGCAGUCAUUAAAGAUAAAAAUAUGGAACAUAUUAGAUAAAACUUAAUUGACAUCUAGUUCUCUUUGCCUGUUUUUCGUGACAUUGCCAGUUUUAUAAAAAGUUGUCCACAUUUUGCUUUUUUAAAAUUAGGCUGAGCCAGAGCCUAAUGGAAAACCUCUGGGGCACAGAACAACUCCCAGUCCAUAAACUGGGCAUUUAAAGCUUUAUUUCAUUCAAACACACUUUAAGUUACUGGAGAGAUGCAUCUGUCAGGGUAAUAAUAUCUGGGGGAACAUAAUGAAAAAUUACCAUGAACACCCUAAGUAGAAAACCUUUCUUCAAGAAACUAAGGAUUUUGUUUAUAGAAUAUCCUAGUUUGCUUCAAACUCUUUCAGUAGAUUCAGUGGUGGGAUUCUACCGGUUCGGCCCGGUUUGGGAAUUUUGGUAGCUCCAAAGAUCUGCUGAGAGUGAACCAGUUCGCUCCGGCCUGCCCACUCGCCUCUGGGUUAUACUUAUCUAUAUUUCCUUGUUUUUUAGCCCGGCUAAAAAACGCGGCAGAGUGGAUUGCUACGGCUCAGCUGUUCUUUUGUGAACUGUGCAUGCGUGCGCAGCAUGCGUCAGGCAUGUCAGGUGCACAAAGUGCGAGCUCAGCGAACCGGUUGUUAAACCAGCGGGAUGCCACCCAAGUAGAUUGCUUUGUAUGUAAAGCAAUAACACUGCUAUUAAUAAGUGCCAACAUUCUGCAUAACAUUUCCACAGUGAAAGAAACAAAAUGCCAAGUUCCUCUUGUGCAAAAUAUGAUGAUUAAUUUAUUAAGUCUGGGAUAUUUGAGUAUCUUUAUCAAAAUGAGAUACUGUGACAUAUGAUGCAGACUCUCAAAAUCUGGAGUAUAGAUUUGCAACCACCAAAUAAUUUGUUGCAAAAAUGUAAAUUAUGUAGAUUUGGAAUAUAUUACAUGGGAAAUAAUAAUUUCAAUUAAAUCCAAUUUAAUUUUGUCCCAGCCUAUUGUUUUUUCCCCUAAUUCCUAUCAAUUUGGAUAGCAUAACUUCCCCACUACAAAGCCUUCAAAAGGCUGCAAAGAAAGGAAAGGCCAUUGCUGAAGAGGGCCCUGAUUUGCAUGUUGAAAGACUGUGGUAUCAUCUGCCUCGUUUCCAGAGAAUAUGGAAACAAUUCCUAGAUAAUUGUUUUGCAAGUGAUGGGAAAUAUUGUCACUCUUCGACCCUAGAAAAUAACUAGCUCCUAAAGCUGGCAAUAGUAGACUAAAUAGACCAGACAACGCACCGCAUGUUCUUAUCCAAGUAUUAGAUAAUGAGAAAUUAAAUUUUAUUUAUUAAAAUUAAAUAAACAAAUAUGAGAAGUUGCUCAAGAAGGCACUUAUGUCAAAAUAAACAGAAUAACAGAUUUGGAAGGGACCUUGGAAGUCUUCUACCCCAACCCUCUGUUCAAACAGGAGACCUUAUACCAUUCCAGACAAAUACUUGUCUAAUCUCUUCUUAAGGUGAUCAUAGAAACUUAAAUGUGUAUUAGUUGCCAUAGACAGUAAUAAUGAUAUACACAAUUUAUGCUAUGCAAUUAUGUUUUGGUCCCCUGUCCAGUGUUUGUUAGAUGUUCAUUGGUGUUAUAACAGAUUCAGCAGCCUUCCCCACUCCUCUGCCCUCAGUCUAACUGUGAUGUUAUCGUAUCACAUCUUGAGGGAACUGAAGUAGGGAAAAUAGCUCUACAAAUGGAGUUGUCUUCUUUCUAAUUACCUCGGUUGACAAUUCAUAGCUGAUGGCAAGAGCCAAGAUAAGAAGCAAACAAAUAAAUGCAACAAAGCUACACGCAUGCACGCACGCACGCACACACACACACACACACACACACACACACACACACACACAGAGUAUAAAAAUGCAACACAGCAGUGACCCAGAUAAUCCCUAUCCUAUGAGACCAUCGUUCUUGCCUCGUGCUUAAUAGCCAUUGAUUCUAACCUUUGGCAUUUUAUCCUUCAGUUAAGAUGUUGCGUUGAACUGAUGGGAAGUCAAUUGAGUCAUUAUGGGGGACGAAGGAUCACAGUCAAGAUGGUGAUAGACAAAAAAACAGGGUUUUGAUCGCUUAGGCAGGCUGCCUUCUGUACUUUUUUUUUUAACUAUGAAGAUGCUUUUGUGCUCCAUAUCAGUACAAUCAAUUGCUGACUUGCUGCAGUAUUAAAAAAAAUUACAGUAUAGGAAGGCAUGCUGCUUAGGCCUAACUGCUUGUUCAUUACAUGGGUAUGUCCCCAAGAAUUGAGAAAUCCUCCUUGUCUCUUCCUUAUAAAAUGGGAAAUAUUACAGGUCAUCCUUGACUUAAACACAUUCAUUUAGCGACCAUUCAGAGUUACAAAAGCAUUAAAAAGGUGACUUAUAACAAGUCCCCGUGCUUAUGACUGUUGCAGCAUCCCAACAUAUCAAAAUUCAGGCACUUGGCAAGCACCAUGUAUUUAUAAUGGUUGCAGCAUCCUUGGGUCAUGUGAUUGCCAUUUGUGACCUUCCCAGACACGCAAAGUCAAUCUGGGGGAAAGCCACAUUUGCUUAAUGGCCACAUUAACUGCAGUGAUUCACUUAACAACCAUGGCAACCAAAAAAGGAUUAUAAAGUCAGGCAGGAUUCACUUAACAACUGCCUUGCUUAGCAAUGGAAAUUCUGAUCCCAGUUAUGGUCGUAAGUUGAGGACUACCUGCACAUUCAGCUUUGCCAAACAAGGUUUUGAAAAUUAAUUGCAAGCAGUCUAUUAAGAUAAGAAAUUGACCAAAAUGCCUUUUCAAAUAAAAUGCCUAAAGAGCUUGGUGCACAAAAUGAAUGAGCAUAAAUUCUGAGGCUUGCAAGGGAAAUCCUCCAAAUAUUAGUGCAGCGGCAUAAUUAUCCUUUUUACACAGAGCCGAGGUGACGCAGUGGUUAGGGUGCAGUACUGCAGGCCACUUCAGCUGACUGUUAUCUGCAGUUCAGCGG